UAUAUAUAUACGCUCCACAUGAUACAUCGACGAGUGACGCCUCCUAAAUAUUCAUCAAGCACUGAGGGAACCAGGGAGACGCAAGAGUUUAGCCCAUGAGGGGCACUCGCUGGAGACCACUGUGAUCAUGUCUGAGAACUCAGAGGAACAGCAGAGUCCUGGGGUCUUGGGCCGAAUCGGGAGCUGGCUCUCUCCAUGGAGGGGAAGGAGUCCCAAAAGUCCCAGUGAAAAUUCAUCCCCCAUCUGCGAUCAGGCAGUCAACUCGGAGGGAAAGCAUUGUGUGGAAUCUAUACAAGCCGAGACAAGGAAACCCAAGCAGGAGGAGAAGGAACAAAGCUCCGAUCCCAAUCCACUGGGUCCCUCAAGAGACAUUUUCCGCUUUGAAGAAGUGGACACCGCACAGUCUGCCCACAGAGAAGGCUCUGUUGUAAGCAACAGAGAUACUCCUCCCAAAGAGGAGGAGUUUUUACUCAGCAAAAAGAAGCGAAUAGGGCAGGCCGAGGAGGGCAGUCAUGGUACUUCGGUGAGCGGGAAUUCUGACAGUCAUCUGACGGCUCUCUCCGCCGCCUCCUCCUCUGAGCAGGGUGUGGUAUGGAACUCUGACUGGGGUAACACCCAGCCUAUGGGACAGAAACCAGCACAGGCCCAGGCAGGAAGGAGGCUCCAUGUGUACCUGGAGGAGACCAGUGUGACUCACUGUGGGCAAGACACAUUGACAGGACAGGAAGUGAUCCGCACCACGAUUGAGAAAAAACUACCAGUCUUAUCAAAGUUGAAAUCACCAAAGUCGCCCAGUUUAGAGUUGUCACAGAGCUCAAGUUCAAGAGCAGACAAAAACACAAUUGAAAAUUUUAACCCUGUGGUUGUACCACAGGAGGGAGUGUCACAGAAAUUACACAAAGACUGGCAGUUGGAGCUUGAACUAGACAAAGCGCAAACAGAGGCUGGCAACAUGGGCCGUAAAAACUCUGCUAAGAAGAAAGCAAGGAAGAACUCUCAGGGAGACGGAGCAUGCAGCCCUCAGGGAAAAAUACUUCCCAAUGUCCAAUCUGGUCGAGAAGGAUUCCCUUCAUCUGACAGCUCAACGACCAGCCCACAGGGUGAAAGUCCACUGAGUCAUGGUGAAGAGCAGCAGUCAGACUCCUCCUCCAAGCACAGCCUCACCUCACUGGCCUCACCUGGAGGUGGAGAAAAUGAGACUUCCUGUCCCAAGUAUUCAGACGAAUUCCUGGGCUCAAGAGCAGUCACUGAAACCAGUUUUACAUGCGUCGUUGAUGGCAGUGCAGGCAUGGAGUCCGAAAACAGUUUUUACAAAGUGGAGAGGAAGACAGAGACUCCAGAGUCCAAACGGAGAAGUAUUAAGGUUUCUCGGAGUGAAGUGAAACUUUUUCAAAAAAAUGUGCCUUUAAACGCUGAAAAAAGUAUAGCAGAAGUGGACCUGGAAUUUACGUUGGCACCGGACCAAGACAAAAAUGAAGCCAAGGAAGGGCCCAAAACACAAACUGAUGCAAGGCAGCAAGAACUAAAGAAACUCGAGGAGAAGCCAGUCGUUGGCCGAAUUGCAGAUAAGAUCAACUUAUUUGAGCGCCAGGGAGCUGUGGCGGGCCUCAAAAGAACCUUCCAAAAUCCUAGGAGCGCUGAUGUCUCUCCUGCUAGGAAUACUACUGGGAAGUUCGAAGCUGAAUUUUUGUCACCCACACAGAGGUCAAAAUCAGCUGAGCGAUAUGGCACUGUGGGUUCCAGCCCUGCGCAGCUCCAAAAUGAGAUUACAGUGACAGUUAAAGAGAGAGCAAGGAACUUUACAGUGGAUUCAAAGAAAUUUCCUAGAUCAAUGCUGCCUCAAAUGUCAGCCAAGACAGGAAUUACAACAAAAUCCACCACAUCUGUGGCAACCACUGCAUCAAAGUCAUCAAAACCCGACAGUCAAGGUAAACUGGAUACUAAAGCAAUGACAGGGAUAAAACUAAAACCAGAUGGACAGGAUACGACUGCUGUGGAGUUGAAAGGUUCCACACCUCUAGAACAACAUGGGACACAGACCUCAAAGGCAGCAGAUCAGGGUAUGAAAUCUAACAGUGUAGAAUCAAGUGUUACAACGAAAGGCACAGGUGAUAACGCAGAGCUGACCAAUAAUAUAAGUCCACGGUCCAAAGCCCUUAGCAGAUCAGGGUUUCGCUCUAAGCGAAGAAAAAGCAAGGAGGCAACCAGUCCAGUUAGCGAAAAUCGGGAACGCGAGCCAAUUUCAAGUAAGCCAGAGGCCACUUCUGUAAAGACACAGGUUUAUGAUGCAGUUUUUCUACCACCUGAUGAAGUAGAUAAAAUUGUAUCCAAUAAACGUACAUUUACAAAAGAAUCUGACAUUUCCGAUAAACAGUUUAUGAUGAGGAGACGUCAAGACAUUGAUAAACUCAUCAACAGAGUGGAGGCAUUACCUGAACCAAUAUCCGUCAACAAAGAUGAACCUGAUACUGCUGCUUCUAACAGGAGAACAAAGAAACAUAUUGACAAGGUUUGCGUUAGUUCAGCCCAAAAGGAGGAAAAGGCAGAGAGAGAAUUUCUGUCACCCAAACUGGAGAUCAAAAAUUCUGCCGAGGACAAAUCGUCUUCCCUCUCACAGUCAGUUGCACAGCAUAUUGAGCAGCCUCCCCCAGUGAUGCAGGACCCACCUGCUAAAUGUCCAAAAUUAGACAUGGAAGCACCAAUGCAGCGUUUACCAACAAAAAGACCACAAUCAACCUGGCCUGGUAAAAAAGACACCGAAUAUGCACAGCCACACCGAAACAUGGGCCCAAAGCCAACAAGUCAGAGUGAGACUAAAGAUGGUGCUAAAUUCGAAAGCCCACAGGGUAACAAUAACAACCAGACUGAGGAAAAAGACAAACAAACCCCAGAAAAGUGUAUCUAUUCAGACACAACACAAACUCAAAUGAAAAACACAAUUUUGCAGAGUAAACAAGAAAAUUCAGGGAUAGAGCAAAGUGCUGCAAUGGAUAAUCAGAAAAAUCAGACCAAGAGAAAAGAGGAAACAAGGCCUAUUGAAGAUGCUAAUAAAGCAGAGUUAGAUAAUACUCAAGAAAUCUCAAACCUCCCUACUUCAAUACUAACUGUCAAUCAAACAAUUGCUACAAAUCCAGCGAUGGCUAAGGUUACUGUUGUCCCUCAGGAGACUGGAAAAAGGAGUGUUCAAGAGUUUUCCAAGGAAGAAACAGUGACACAUGUGUCUGAGAUGCCAACCAAAUCUUUAGAUGAGGUCAAAAUAGAACAUAAGCUACCAGUGACUAUAACAGAACCACAACCUGAUUUUGCACCUGUGGAAAAACUUGAGGGGUCUCUCGGUAAGCCCUCAAACAAACAUGAAGGCAGUGGUGCUGAAUUUGUCAGUGCAAAGGCUGAGCAAGAGACUGCAAGAGUCUCUCAUGACCCCCCUGUGCUGAUAAGUGCACGGACUGACAAUAUGGUAACAGUUAAAGAGUCUCCUCGUAUUUCUGUUCAAAACAAUGAGGAGAAAAGCCAGGACAAUGAGACUCAAAGCUCAAAAGCAAACUUAGAGACAGCGGAUGUUAAAGACCCUAUAACAAAACCAAGUCACCCGCAGUUUGAGGAACUAAAUAAUACAGUGAGCACAAGUGAUCUGACUUCAUUAAAGGGCUCAGACAAAAAAACACAGAGCUCUUCUUGCAGCACCCUUUCCACCACCACAGUUAUUGUUAAAGAGAAGACAGACAAGAAAGGGAUUGAUUCGCCAGGGAUUAUUGAGCUUCCCCCCAGUGUUAACAGUGAGCUUCCUUCACAAUUGGACACAGUUAAAAAUGAACCAGUCAGUAACAAGCAGAGUCCAGCCACUAAAGUAUCAACUUCCCCAAAGGCUAAAAAGAUGAAUUCAGACUCAGUCCAGCAGUCAUCCCCUAAGAGGCUGCAUUCUCCACGAGGACUAAGCAGAGAUGAUUCUUCAUUUCAACAGGAUGCUCCAUCAAGUUGGCUUGAUGUGGACUUUCCGAAACAGAGACUUAAACUCCCUGGGCCCAAGCUGAGUGCUUCUGUCAGUGAGAGCAAUCUUCUGGACAAUGACGAUCUAGAUGAUGAAAAUUUUAUUGAGAAGAUCCAGAAGCUUUGUGCUCCCUUUUCCCUACCACCUCGUAAACACAACCCACUCCGGCCACCUCAGCCCCCAUUUGCAAUGCCAGCCAUCAAGGAAGACCACUUUGAGAAGACGUUCGACCCAGAGGAGUUUAAAUUUGGCCUCAGGAAGAAAAAUCGGUCCUUUGACACAAGCCCAAGCUUAUUAGCUAAACUUCAAACCCCAGAAACCAAAAGUGGUGCUAAGCCUACUAGGGUAAGUAUAGUGAAUAGGUGUCGUUUGAUCAGUAGUCUGGAUUGUUCGUCUCAUCUAAAAGACAAGACCCCUAAGAAAGAUGAGGAGGGCAGCAAGGAGGAAAAAGAUGAUCAUAUUAUUGUGAAGUCUCGCUUAGAGGGAAGCUGCAUACUUAGCAGUCUCACCACCCCCAGCGCCAGGGGGGGAAGAAAUGGGGUUCAGGCACUGUCAGAAAUUACCAACUCUAAGGAUAUAUCGCCCCAAGUCAGUUCAUCAGAGCCAACCUCGCCUAUUCCGACAACCACCAGUUCAUUUGCUGAAAAUUUUACCACGCAAUGGAGAGACCAAAUCCAGCCUACAGAGGCUGUGGUCAGUGACUCAGGGCCUCCAUUUCCCUCCUUUAAUGACAUCAAGCUGCCUGACUAUUUAGAGAAGUACCUCCCUCGGGAACCGGCAAAAACCGGGCAGAACACGCAGGGACAGCCGGAAAUGAAAGCAGAGGUUACUGCAAAAAUGUCAACUCCAACUUCUGUUCCUGAAGCUGAUCUGAUUGUAAAACCAAGUUUGAACCUCCCUAAUACUGUGCCUUCAUCUUUUGGAAAUGGAAAUUCACCUCAAAUUUGCCCAGCACAUUCAGAGUUUAAGCAGCCUCUGACUCAGAGGAUGCAUACUAAUCAUGCGAGGACUGCAAAGGGAUUUCAUAAGCGACCUGGAAAGAUCGUAUUGUUUCAGGAACCUCAGUUCAGCGGGCAAGUCUAUGAGCUCUACAGGGAUGUGGAGGAUGCGACUCACCUGCAGUUCUCAAGUAUCAUAUCUGUGAAGGUCAUACGAGGAUGCUGGAUCCUCUACGAGAAGCCGGAUUUUCAGGGACGCUGUAUCGCCUUGGAGGAGGGGGGCCUCGAAUUGGCAAACGAGUGGGCAGAGCCCGAGCUAAACAACCCCUCGCCAAUGCUGAUUGGCUCUAUUCGACUUGCCGUCUGUGAUUACAGCACCCCUCAUAUUGAUCUGUUCACAGAACCAGAAGGCCACGGUAGAGUGACACCUUACCAUGAUGACGCCAUAGAGACUGGCUCAUUUGGCAUCCCACUGAGCACCGCUUCCAUCCAAGUUCACUCCGGGGUGUGGCUGGUGUUCAGUGAUCCAGGGUUCCAGGGAAUGCUCGCUGUUCUAGAAACAGGAGUGUACCCUGUUCCUGAGGCCUGGGGCUUCCAGUCGCCGUUUGUGGGAUCUCUCAAACCCCUUAAAAUGGGUGGUUUUAAAGUGGAGAAUCCAAAUGAAGUUAAGGCUUUGGUGUUCGAGAAGCCUGGACUGGAAGGUUCCUAUUUGGAAAUCGACAGUGAUGUUUUCAGCUUUUGUGAAGGAGAUGAAACAAACGCUGACACUCGCAAGGUGAAGUCUGUGGGUUCUUUGAAGAUAAUCGGAGGAUUCUGGGUCGGCUACAACGAGGAAGGGUUUGAAGGCCAGCAGUACAUGCUGGAGGAAGGAGAAUACCUGGACUGUAGCGACUGGGGAGGCUCAGGGCCGAUACUGUCACUGCGACCCAUCCUGGCUGAUUUCAUCUCACCGCACCUCAAAAUGUUCAGUAACAAAGAUUUCAGCGACCGAGGGGUCAACAUCGACCUAAUCAUGCCCAUCAUCAACAUGGAUGACACCGGUUACGGCACUAAGACGCAGUCUGUUGAUGUCAUCAGUGGCAUCUGGGUGGUGUUUGAAGAGCCUGGCUUUUGUGGAGAGUGCUACAUCCUGGAAAAGGGCUUGUACGGAAGCCCGGAAGACUGGGGGGCGCUACGGGACCGGAUUGCCUCAGCAAUGCCCGUUGUGCUGGACGAUUUUGAGAACGUGGCCAAGUUCAAGGUACAGCUUUUCUCCGAGCCAAGUUUUCAAGGCACCGUUCUCACUUUGGAGGACAGUGUGGCGACCCUGGAGCAAGGCUUCUCUGUGGCCUCCUGCAAGGUCCUGGUGGGAAGCUGGCUGGCGUUCGAAGGCCAAGACUUCACAGGCAAGAUGUAUCUACUGGAGGAGGGGAACUACCAGGACGUGGGGGCGAUGGGUUGCGUCAACGCGAGCGCCGCCAUUCUUUCAGUACAGACUGUCGGCUUUGAGUUUUCUCAGCCUUCCAUCGUUCUUUUCGAGCGUUGCGGUCUGCGUGGAAAGAGGGUGGUGCUGACGGACGGAUGUGUCAACCUUCAGCUGGCUGAGGGCUGCGCUCGGGUCCAGUCAGUGCUGGCGGAGGGGGGCAUGUGGAUAUUAUAUGAGGGCAUUAACUAUCGGGGUGCUCAGAUUUUGAUCAAACCCGGCGAGGUACCCGACUGGCGUCAGUUUAGCAAGUGGAGUAAAAUUGGAUCCCUCCGUCCCCUUUUACAGAGGCACGUGCACUUCCGGUUAAGGAACAGACAGACGCGGCUUAUGAUGUCAGUGACUGGCGAUCUGGAAGAGGUCCAACUGCUGCGGAUUCAAGAGGCCGAGGAGACUGACAGCCUUGAGCAGAUCUGGGUCUACCGCAGCGGCCAUCUCCACUGCAAGCUUCUGGAGGAGUGCUGCCUGAGUCCCAGUGGCAGUGUGACCAUAGCGGGAAGCCGCGUGGGCCUCAUGCCAGAAGUGGACAACCAUGUGUGGAGCAUCACCCCUGAGGGCUUCAUCCGCUACAUGCCUACCUCUGAUCUGGUCUUGGAGGUGAAAGGCGGGCUUCAUUAUGACAAAAACCAAGUGAUUCUCAACACCCUGGAUCCAAAUAAAGCACAGCAAAAGUGGGAUGUGGAAAUUAUUUAAGACUCUUCAGCGCAGCAAGACAAGUGUUUAAGGACUAUGUGCACUUUUGCUCAAAUUUUGUAAUUUUGUCGUUGUAGAAAGAUCUCUUUAAGAAUGUAUUACUGCCUACAAUAUAAUACAAGCAGUGAGGUUUGAACUCUGAAAGAAAACGCUUCCAGUACUACAGCUCAAGGUUGUUUUGCCUUUUCAAUGAAUGAAUCAGUUUACCCGUUUUUUAAUAAACUUAAACAGUGUUAACACA